CUGAUAAUUGAAAAAAAUUUUAAGAAUCAAGCACGGUUCAAUAUUGAAGAAGCGCAAGAGGUUCUAUUUUGGAUUGAACAGGUGACAGAACAGCCAUUCGAUCGACAUCCUGCCACAAUGCAAACAGCUCAGGAUGUAGCAGAUGCAUUAAAGGAUGGAAUACAUCUUUGCCGUCUCUUCAAUCGCCUUGUCAACAAAGUUGAUGCUUUAUUUUACAAUAAACGACCGAAAAUGCCUUUUCAAAAGAUGGAGAAUAUAAGUAAUUUUUUGGAUGCGAUUAAAUCGUAUGGUGUGUCGGAAAUUUCGUGCUUCCAAACAGUAGAUUUAUAUGAAAAUAAGCAGUGCUAUAAAGUGAUUGAAUGUAUAAGAGCCUUGGCUGCAGUGGCACAAUCAAAAAAAUGUUUGGCACCUUUACCGCCAUGGGUUGUACGAUUAUCACAACAACGGCCUCGCUACUUUUCAAAUAGUGUUAUAAGGAGUGGCGAAAUGGUUAUUCCGUUGCAGUACGGCACGAACAAAUGUGCUUCUCAGAAAGGAAUGACACCUUAUGGAUUAAUGAGACAAAUUAAGCCAGAUAAUCCGUUAUAA